AUGAAACAUCGACAGCAGACACUCGCCAAGACCGCAAAGCCAAUUCGGCGCCGACGAGAUCGCGCUCACCAUCCCUGUCCCGUUGAUCUCCCGGAGUCUAGCCUUUUCCCGCCCCGACGAUGUUCUUUACUUCCGCUGAGAAAAUCGCCUCGACACAUUCGACCUAGCAUCCAGGAUGUCCAACGGAAUGGUCUACCUCUUUGCGAGGUUGCGUUAUUUCAAAAUGCAGCUAUUCCGAGUCCCUUGGCUGCGAAGCCAGAGAGAGAUACUCACCUCCAAUUGAUGGCUUCUUCACGCACUUCAUCUCUCAGAUCACCCGCCGCGUCGGCACUCUCAAUCAGGUCAAGGUCUACUAGAGCCAGUCUCAAGGACACCUAUGAAGCCCGCACGUGGCGCAACAGGCUGAGGCGACAUUCGAAGUCACCAAGAACACAUGAGCCCACUCCAUGCUGCACAUCAUGCUUCAUCAAAGAAACUCCAAUGUGGCGAGAAGGCCCUUUCGGGUCUCAUACUCUCUGCAACGUCUGCGGUCUUCUCUACGCUAAACGCGAAGCCCGAAGCCGUUUGCCAUCUGACUUUUCUUGCCACAUUGGUGCUGACUACCAAGUUCCUUCGGUUUGGGUCAACUCCACUUCAAAAGCUGGCGAAGAAACUACAGGGAAGUAUUCCAGACUUUUUGAAGUCGAUGGGCAGGUGAUUACCGUACGCCGUGAUCGCUUGUCCUUGGUGAUCAAGGAUCCCAGACAGCUUCGAUCCGUCGAUGACGAUACCCCAAAGAUAUCAGCUACCAUCACCAUCACAAAGGGGGACAUUACGACAGUACAGAACUUCCUUUGGACCUUGUUCCAGAAGUCGGUGGUUGAGAAGUUCGAAUUUGAGCCGCAGGCUGGACAGGUUACCCAAAACAGGGGCGAAAUCAGGGUGAACGGCUAUGACGCACACUUAGCUAUAGUGAUGCAAGCCAUAAGCUUCUUGAUAAAGAAACCAGAUGCCAGGACUGAAAGCCUGGGAAGAUACCUAGUCUGGAAUCUUCCUAAACAUUUGGAGGAAUUGAAGAAUCCGGAACGUGAUCACAAGGUCGAUAAUAGAGCAAAGAAGGAUAUAGGCAGUAUGCUUUUCGACAUCCUUGGUCAAGGAACCAUCAUUAGGAGCCAUUGGAAACACUUUGUUGAUGUGCCUUGGUUCGGAAACGCGGCGCAAAUCUCUACAUUUCUGACAUGGCUACAGGAUCCAGAUGCUACUGGCCAUUUUGGGAUAUAUCAGACGGAUUGGCUAGACAAGAUGGCUCAAAGCCGCGAGAAUGACCCUUGUGAAGCAUAUCGGUCUCUCAUCCAGUAUCUUUCAUUGGAAGUUUCCGAGGGAGUUUCAGAAGUGUCUGACAAAUCGCUCGUGACUUUGGGCGUAGAUGAAGAGUCGCUUCUUCUUGACAAAGCAGAGCGAUGGUGCAAGAUUGUGCUUCAAGUUAAGGACGAGAAAUCUUUAUGGUACGACAGAGUUGGUGAGACUGCUAGAAAGGUCGAUGAGUUCGACUAUGCGAUUGCGAUGUUCUUGAAGGCGAUCACAAUGCCUGGAGUGUCAUGGACGUGUCACAGAGGUUUAGCACAAGCUUACCAUCAGGCUGGAAAACUGAAAGAAGCCUGUGAAUCACAGAAGAAGGCGUUGGAGAUUCUCUACGAUAUGAAAGAGCCUAAUCCUGAAGAUAUCUGGGUAACGAAUAUGGAUUUAGGGAAAUGGCACUUCGCACUCAAGGAGCCGGACCAAGCAACCGUCUUCUACGAAAAGGCUCUAGAAGCUAAGCAAGAUGACGAGGCAUAUUACCGCAUACUUGAAGCAAACCUUACAUCGCAGUCUAAUGACCGUACAUUGGACCUUGUCGAAUCCAUGAGUCAUGAAAGGUCAACGAAGGACGGUAUUAGUCGCCUAGGCUCUACACUUCUACUCAUGGCAACGGAUGAAGACACUUACGAAAGGUACUUCACAAGUCUUCUCUCGUUGACUGAUUCUCGUGAUGGGAUACUGGGGAUGGUUCUGAAUGCCAUGGAUGAAACUAUCCAGCUCGCAGCUAACAAGGAGCUUCUUUCGAAUAGAAGCGCCCUUAGGCUUUACAAGGGUCUUGCACUCUAUUAUUACGGCAAUGAAGCUGAUAAAAAUCUACUCACAUCCGCUGUCACGCUCUGGGAGGAGUGCCACUCUGACGCAGAAAAAGUGAUUGAAGAGACCGGCACUUACGUCCAGUGGAAAUGGAUGUGGUUGGGUGGCCAGGUCAUCAGCGAUAUAGUCCGCCAUUAUUUUAAAGAAGCAACGGCAGCAAAUACUGAGGCUUCGGCACUUGAAAAGCUUGGUGAAAUCAUGACCGGCCACAGAAUAUCGUACGACGACAACCGGGUAUCCCCAGCUGAGUCUUACAUAGGAGCCUACGAAACCCUACAAGGAAAUCACACUGCAGCAAGAGCGCAUUUCCGCAAGAACAUGCUAACGGCUCAUGAGAUGCUAUCCGAUGAUACAGACGAGAAUGAUGCAGAUGCGUAUUUCGUCCUGUUCCAGUGUCUACUGCAUACUGGAGACGACAUCAAUGCUCUCAUAGCUUUCGAGCUUACAGGGCCGAUAGAAAAGACGAUAGAAAUGAGGCUUGGUGAGAUUCGGGGUGAGGAUAAAGCCGCCGCAGCGGAACUUCUUGAUUUUGUGAAGGAGAAGUACACGGCUGUCCUUGACGGGUUGCAACGACGAAUUCAUCUGGGGAAUGGCGAAGAUGAGAAGGCCACCACAAGUGAACCCUAUCAAAGGAUUUAUUCGCUCCUGGUUGCGAAACGACCUGCUGCGGGAGAUGGCGAUGACCCAAGCCACCCACCGUAUGAGAUCACUUACAGCGACAUUGUGAUCAACUGGCGAUACUUUUGCAACGGGAAUUGCGGAGGGACCUGGGAUUUCGAGACUGACAUCAACAUUUGUAAAUACUGCUGGGACACUCCAUUCUGUCAAAACUGUUUACCGCUACUUCAGCAAGGCACGUCCAAGAUGUUGGCUUGUGAUGCACGCCAUAAGUGGCUUCAUGUCCCGCAGUGGAACUUGAGAGAAAGCACAGGGCUGAGGGAUGGUACUGUCAUAAUGGGAGGCGAGAUUGUUGAUGAUCGACGCGUUGGGGGGGAGAGAGUCAAGAUCAAGGAAUGGUUAAGCACAAUUUGGAAGGAAUGGGAUAUCGAGUAG